ACCGCUGUCAGACUGUGUCGUGUGUAUAUAUCGUAACGUUCUUUCAUCUUCGUAGAACAACAUUGCGGGAUACAUCAGUGGAAAAAGUGUGUUAGUAUGUGUCAUAAAACUACGAUUUUGACGACUAGGAAGUGAGAUAUUAGUCGGGAUCGUAGUGCGAAUAGUGGUACAUACAUCUGCGAUCUUCGAUUGUAUGUCCACCUUUGAGCGUGGAACGUUGCCGAAUCCCAAGUUACUCGCUGUACUGCUAGAGGUGUUUAAUUGUUUUGUCAAUAGAUGUCACUCCUACGACAGUCUCGGUAGCUACGAGCGAUGAAGCUUCAGGUCUUUCCUAACUAAAAAUUGCGGUUCUGAGUGUUGUGAUUGGAUUGGUCAUCGUGUCAGAUACCAGAGUGAGAGCAAGAAGUAGUUGUCGUGGGAAAAUUGGCAGUGGAAUUCUACAUCCAACAGCGUAAAUUAACAGGAACGCAAGAGGAGUGUUUUUCAUAUACAUUUUCAAGAAAGACAACUUACAAAACCAUUAUCCUUCGACUAAAUGUGAAUUAUAGUGUGCCGGUAAAUGACAGCCAAUGUUCUUGGAAGUAUGAUCUGUGACAGAGAAGCAUAUUUGUGAUCUGACGGUUGGCCAUAGAAAACUGUGACUCAGAUACUACUGUGUUUCCGAAGAAUAGUGACAAAAUUCGAGAGCGUUAGUUCGACUGUUCCUAGGACAGAAAGUGCAGCGUUCCACCACCUGUUGAACUCCAGGACGUAAACUGAAAUACCAGAGCUACGGAACUGUAGUUUUGUUUUGAACCUAGAGAAGUAGGAACCCAAGAAGUAUCUCUAGAGAACCGUUGUAGACGCUUACUCAUGUCUGUUACUGCUGAUAAAUCGGAAUGAAUGUAUGACAUGAAAUAAAACAAAAGUGACGUCAGCAGCUUCGUGCGAGUAAUUUGGUUACGUGCUGUUGCUGUCUAGACCCGCCAAAGAGUGUUGCACGCUACAGUGGAAAUUAUAUUGGCAAACGUCCGAAUACAAGGCUGUGAGGAAAUUGAAGCCGUCCAGCGUACACGUGUCUCACUGACACCGGAGUCGUAUCAGCGACGUCGGAGAGCGCCAUGGAAGAAGAGGAGCACACGACGCAGUGGGCGUUGUUCUUCCCGCUGCAGGCGGGCAUGUCUGCCUUCAAGUCGUCGCUGCCCCCGUCGCCAGAGUCACCGCAGCCGCCUCCGACGCCGCCCCCCACCUACCACCAGCCAGCGCGGCACGCGCUCCGGCGCCGCUCCAGUCUACCCGAUCUGGACAAGCUGUCGCCGGCGCUGGCCAGGCUGCGCCCGGGGGCGGCGUCGGCAACCGGAUCGGCGCCUCACUCGCCGGGAGGCAGCAUCGGCGACCUGAUGAACCUCAAGUGCUUCGGCGGCACGCCCACGGGCGGCGAGGCCACGGUGUCGCGCGCCGUGCCCCUGUCCACGCUGGGCAACGCCGCUCCCGGCGCCGCCUCCGGCCCCCGGCGCCGCGCGGCGCCGCCCCCGCCGCCCCCGCGCAGGCCGCUGUCCUGUUCGCAGCGCACGGAGCGCCUGUCGCGUCUCAUUCGCCAGAGCCAGCGCGAGCCACGACCGGUUCCCCAGCGAGGAAUUCAGACGCUGGUUUGCUGUACACUCAAGGUGUUUGAGAAAGUCUUACGGACGAGCGGACAGGAGCAUUCUCGUGGUGGUGAGAGUGAAGCGUCGCGUGUAGGGGAGCGACCCGGCACGCGAGUGCAGAGACCUGUGGCGGCCCAGGCGCCGGCCCCCGGCCCCCGGCCCCCGGCCCCUGGGGAGCGCUCGUCAGAGAAACUGCAGCCAGCGGAGACAGCAGAGCGCCGCCACGUGUGCCGUGACGCGGCCGCUGCGCCGGUGCGGCGGCUUUGA